AUGAUAGCUGCUGUUUUCUCUGAGGACUACGAGCAGCUAGUGGACAACACGGUGGUGUCUGGCGAGGAAAUGCUGAGACUUGGCAAGCUCGGCUACGAGAGGGGUUUCUACCGAAAGCGCACCCCCUCCGCCGGCCGAGCUGCAAGCGCUGUAAGACAAAAACCACUGAAGACUGUGCGACAGGUGGUGGCGGGCAUCGAUGAUCAACUGGAGCACGAUUACUUGGCAGUAGGUCGGCUAGCGUUAGUAGCUGCGACUUCGAAUCGUGGAAUAGACGACACCACGGGCUGUUUCGUUGGCGAUCUUAAUCGGGAUGAGCAUUUGCACCUGGUGUGCAAUUACUUCGGGGGCUACAAAGCAGCUACGUAUGCUGCGGGUACGGCUACAGUGCGCACCCCAACCAGCAGCAACGUGGCGGAAACAAAACUCAACCACUUGAGCGCCAUCGUGAUUCCACAAGAAUCCGUCCCAUGGGCAAAGCCGUACAUGCUUCAACGGCGAUCCUCUGGUCGAUCUGUCUUUGGGCACGAGAAGCCUCCAGACAGCUUUUGUCCGUGCCCAACCACAUCGGAAAAGCGUCCGAUGAAACAUCAGGGCUCUCCCAUGCCGAUCGACGUGGAUGACGAGACCGAGACAAGCAGCAGCGUGCGAUCACGACGUUCUGCUGGAGGUUCCCGGCCCGUCAAAACGGCGUCACCCAGGGAUGUAUCGGAGCGGAAGGCAACGCCGCCUGGGAAAGCGGUGAUGAAGCCCACGGUACUUCCUUCCGCCAGUGGCAUAUUGGCAACAACCAGGUCGAAGGAUAAGCCCAUGUCGAAGAAGAAACGACUCGAGCUCUACAGCAGCAGCGGAAGAUGCUGCGGGGUCGGAGACGCUAGAGGGAGGUGGUGCCGGCCACUUGCACUGCAAAAUUCGCAAGCGGCCCUAAGCAAGGAGCCUGAGGGGGACGACGACAUGAGUGACGGCGGUAGUGAGGGCGAGUUUCCGGGGGACGCAGCAGACUACGACCAGGAUGUAUUCGUGAGUGGCAAGAGCCCUCAGCAGACGUUGACAGGAAUCGUGCCGGAGCGGGAGGCGGUGCCGCGGGCUCGUUUGAGGGCGAUGGUGAAGGGAACGGCCGCGAUUGGAACGGCAACGGCAGUAAUGUUGGGAGCGGAAACGAUGGGAACGGUGGCGGUGGUCAUGAAUUUGAUUUUGACGGUGAAGGCUCCUACUGAGGAGACUAGCACCAGAGCAGCAUCACCGCAAGAAAGCGAGGAAAGAUGGAAGUGGGGGAUCGAGGAGAUUGCAGUAGUGGACCAGUACACAUACCUCGGAGUAGAGAUCGCAAAAGACUGCUCGUGGAAUGCACACAUGUCCAAGGUAGCGGAAAAGGGCAAAGCACGAGCAGGGAAGCUGCACCCAAUACUCGCAAACCGGCACCUCGAUACACGCAUCAAAUUGACGGUGUUGAAGAGCGUAAUCAUACCGCCGUUAGAUUACGCCAGAGAAGUAUGGGAAGGAAAAAAGAAAGUAGUGAAAAAGCUCAAAGCGGCGCAGAUGACAGCAGCGAAAACCAUCCUAGGAUGCUCCAAGCGCACGAAGGACGUAUGGAAGGGGCUCGACAUCGACGAAGAUGAAACGCUGGAAACGGAGGGUCUACAGGGGUCCAAGGAGAACAUAUCAUCUGUUGCUUGUGCCGAGAGAGAAGAACAGAAUCUAAGGAAAGAAUCCAAGAAUAAGGAGGGUCUAGAAAAUCUAAGGAAAGAAUCCAAGGAUAAGGAGGGUCUAGAAGUGUACGGAAUGUUGAAGGAAGGAAUAGGGUUCAAGGACUACCUACAUGGACCAAUGGAUGCAGGUACAAUGCUUAAGGUCGAAUUCAGGACCGUGGACAUAGGCCUUCGAGAACGUCGACGAAGACACUGGACGGUAGACGACGAAGACGACGAGUUCAAAUGUGAUUGCGGCUUCGAAUGUGAAGACCGUGUUCAUGUAGUCGCGGAAUGUCCGUUGUACAAGGAGGAGAGCGAAGUGUACGUGACUGAGCUGGGAAAAAAAAAAAGGACGUACAGGGAGAUGUUUGAGGCAUGGAAUAGAGAGGAAAGGACGGUAGCUGUACUGGGGCAUAGGAGGUGGGUUGAAAAGGCGGGAAGAGAUGUGGUUAGGAUAGACAGACUAGGAAAGACAUUUUUGAGCCACCUUUGGCAAAGUAGAAAGAAAGGAUUGGCCAUCGGUGAUCGGUCCUGUGGGAACAAUGCUCCGUCCUGUCGANCGAAGUGUACGUGA